GUUAAAGUUCCUUCCAAGUUGUGCGAUGUUUUUGUUGGAACAGUUAAUUGUAUAAUCCACUGAAAAAAGUAAGUUUUUAGAUAUAUAUGGCCAAAGGAAAUACAGUUAAAAAAAAGGGCCAAAAACGAGAUGAAUUGGAAAGAAAGAGAGACGAGAGAUGUCGAAGAAAAGCACUAAAGAAAGAACGAAAUAUCAAAGAAUAUCUUGAAAAUGACGAAAACUUUGUUAGUUUCAAGAACCAGUUAGAAGCUGUUGGACUGAAGAUUAAAGAUAUUCUAGGCGAUGGAAACUGCCUGUUUCGAGCUCUUGGGGACCAGCUGAAUGGAGAUCAUACUUCUCAUGCUUAUCAUCGUAGAAAUACCGUUCAGUAUAUGAAGGACCAUCGUGAUGACUUUGAACCCUUCAUGGAAGAUGGUGUAACAUUUGAUAAACAUUUGGCAGAAUUAUCAAAACUGGGAACAUAUGGUGGUAAUGAUUCAAUAGUGGCUUUUGCCAGGAAUAAUGGAGUUGAUAUUGUUAUUCACCAACUUAACAACCCUCGAUGGGUUAUACAUGGAAGUGAAUUCUCCAAAUCACAACAAAAAAUAGAACUCCAUUUGGCUUACCACAAUGGGGAACAUUAUUCAUCAGUGCGUAGAUUAACUGACCCUGAUGAUGGACCAGCAUGGCAGUAUAACCAGAAGAAUAGUCAAAUGCAGUCAGUGGAAAAUCCUAAAGUAACAGUUCGUAAAAACAAGAAGAAACAUGAAAGGAAAGAGAACCAAGAUAAGUCAGAUCCAUCAUCACAGGCUAAUAAGUACAUUGAUGAAACUUCUCAAUUAGUGAUGGAAAACACUGGGUGUCAGGACUCAGAACUAAUACAGCAUACAUUACAAGCGAACAAUUAUGAUAUAGAUGCUUCAAUAAUGGAAAUCAUACAAGUGAUGUGUGUUCUUGAAGAACAAGAGGCUGAUGUAAGCAAAGGAUUUGUCAGAGAUGUCAUUGCUAAAACUGAGGCUAUUGAAACUAUGGCAACUGAAAAUAGUGUUGCCAUAGAGCAACCAAGUGAUGAAUAUGUUACAAGAAACAGACAAGAAAAUGUUGGAGCUUUCGUUGAAUGUAAAUCAGAUGAUGUAACCUCCAGAACUCGAUUAAACCAUGAUGAUAUAAAUGACAAUACAAAAGAGACCGACAAGGAAGCCUUUGACAAAUUGAAAGGUGAUUCAGGAGAGUUAGUCCAUGACCAAAAGACUGAAAAUAAACUGAAGUUACAUCCUGGUGCAAGACCGAAAGAAAAUAUUUCACAAAAAUCUCGUAAUAAGGCUCCUCAUCUUACAAACAGACAAAGAAAAGAUCUUGCACGACAAGAGAAGAAGAAGCAAAGAGAAAAACGACGAGUUAAUGAACGACAACAGCAAACAGAAAGUGAAACAGUAGCACAAGACAAUGUCAAUACGAUUGUAGCAGAUCUUGGAGCAGUUUGUAUUUGAUCUUCUUGCUUGCUUUUUAUCAUCAGUCUAAUUGCCCUAUAAUUUACUGUAUGCAUGCUUAUUAUCAAUGGACAUUGUACACCACUAAGAAUAUAGUCUCUACGCAAAAUAUGGACUUAAGGUAUUGCUGGUUGUUAUGGUGACAAUGCCCUUUGAGGAAUUGGGUGCAGAAUUGGGUGGCACAUUAUUUUCAACAAAGAUAUGGUCGUUGUACCCUUCAUUGUCAUGGGAUCUAACUUCCGUGUCACCUCCACAGGCAUCACCAUCGAUUUCUUCGUAGUCAUGGUAACGUGUAUUAGAAUCUUGAGGAGCAAUUUGACCAGGGUUAAGAUCUUGGUUUUCAGAGAGAUAUCCAUCAUCAAAGUCUCUUCUUUCCCGUUCUUCCCAUCCUUGUCGUCCUUGUAUCUAUGACAAGAAUGAACCACUUAACAUGAAUGAACCAAACGAUUCAAAUCAUUACAUAUGCACACAUACAAGUCAACUCACCUGAUAAACCUCGCUGAUUUUUUCAACUAAACUAGUAAAAGUUGGGCGUUGUUUUGGUUCUGGAUGCCAGCAUUCCUGCAUCAUUACUUGUCUGUUGAGUAUCAAGACAUGUAAAUUACACUACUAGUACAUUAUAUUGUGCACACUGAACAUGAUUUACUGAUGUUAUACGCCAUACGUACAUGUCUCUAGACGUGUUUUCCUGGUUCUUCAGUCUAUUUCCUCGUUUUAAAUAUUCAAGGAUUUGUUGUCCGUUACUUAUUCCUGCGUAAGGCAAUUGACCUGUGAAAGAUGAUUUGCAUAGUUGAAUUGCUAUGUGUUUGAGUAGCCUAGCGUUCACAUGUAUGAGAGGCUUGUCAGUCCAGAAUACUGGCAAUAGUUAUUGGUUAUUUCGAUUCACAUUCAUUUGCACGUGAACAAAUGCAGCUCACCUUCAUUUUCGAUUUCCCACAACACAACCCCGUAUGACCACCUGCCAACACAACAGAUAGUUGGUUUAACUUGUAUACAUAAUUAUCAUUGCUGCUUACAGUAGCGCUACUUACACGUCACUUUCUGUCGUGUAAGUGAAGUUUUCUAGAGAUUCCAGAGACAUCCAGCGCAUGGGCAGAAUCCCCUGUUAUAAUACAUGUAGUUAGUAUGCAUUGUACAAGCAUUCAUGAACCAUACGAAAGAUAACGAAAAAAAGUUGAACUUUA